AUGUCAGAGUUGCCAGACCUGAGCACUUUGAACUAUACAGUGCUAGUGCCCUAUAACGGGAGCAUUGCUACUGGGGGAAACUCGAUGGAAGUUGACCUCAAUGUGUUCUACAACGCAGGUGAUAUUACAUGGAUCAUUACAUGUGCAGCCUUAGUACUGCUAAUGAUUCCUGGUGUUGGAUUCUUCUAUUCUGGGCUUGCUCGCAGAAAGUCCGCGCUUUCGCUGAUAUGGCUAUCCGUUAUGUCACUUGGAGUUGUCUCGUUCCAGUGGUUUUUCUGGGGCUAUUCUCUCGCGUUUUCCCAUUCUGCUGGAGCCUACAUCGGUAACCUUGAGAACUUUGGUUUCAAGGGUGUUCUUGCUCAGCCCUCCGUUGAAAGCUCAAAGAUCCCGGAUAUACUGUUUGCUUUAUACCAAGGGAUGUUUGCGGCAAUCACAGUUGCAUUGGCAGUGGGAGCUGUUGCAGAACGUGGUCGAAUGGCUCCAUGCAUCGUCUUUAUGUUCAUUUGGACCACAAUUAUAUACGAUCCUCUUGCGUGCUGGACAUGGAACUCCUCUGGUUGGAUAUAUAAAAUGGGAGCACUCGAUUUUGCUGGUGGAACUCCCGUGCAUAUCGCUUCCGGUGCCGCUGCCCUCGCGUAUUCCCUCAUGCUCGGGAAGAGACGAGGGCAAGGUACCAGCGACUUCAAUCAUCGUCCACACAACGUCACUCACGUUGUCAUUGGAACGGUGUUUCUGUGGUUCGGAUGGUUUGGGUUUAACUGCGGCUCUGCGUUGAGUGCAAACUUGCGAGCGGUAAUGGCAGGCAUUGUGACCAAUUUGGCUGCCGCCGUUGGUGGUGUUACAUGGUGCCUCUUAGAUUAUCGCCUGGACGGGAAAUUCUCUGCAGUGGGUUUCUCCUCCGGGGUAAUAUCAGGUCUUGUGGCAAUUACCCCUGGAUCGGGAUACGUCCCGCCAUGGGCGGCUGUGAUAUUCGGGUUAGUCGGGGCGACUGCAUGCAACUAUGCCACGAAAUUGAAGUAUCUGAUGCGCAUUGACGACUCUUUGGAUAUUUUUGCCGUUCAUGGAGUCGGAGGAAUUGUCGGAAAUUUACUCACGGGUUUAUUCGCAGCGGACUAUAUCGCAAGGCUCGAUGGUGCCACCUACAUCGAUGGAGGUUGGCUCAAUAAGCACUAUAUUCAGCUCGCUUACCAGCUCGCAGACUCUGUGACUGGGGCAGCCUAUUCCUUCAUCGGAAGUUGUAUCAUUCUAUUUCUGAUCAACUUGAUCCCCGGUCUACACCUUCGCGCGAGUGAAAAGGAUGAGAUCAUGGGAGUCGAUGACGCAGAAAUUGGGGAGUUUGCAUAUGACUACGUGGAGAUUGCACGAGACGUAAGCAGUGGAUUUGAGACGGACAAGUCUGAGCCCAAAUCCGACGAUGACUCGGUUAAUUCGACAAAAAGACAUGGGUCUGGAAAGGAGUCCUGA